AUGGCUAGGCCUUUUGAAAAGAUUUGUGACAUUUCUGACAAGAAAGAACUAUGGAAAAUAGUUGUCAAAGUUCACCACAAAUGGACUAUUGUUUCUAAUAGCAAAAAACAUUUGGAAUUCGUUUUCGUUGACGUUGAAGGGAAAGAUAUUCAUGUAAUAGUGCCAACUACUUUGAAAGGAACAUUUGAUUUGGUGUUACAAGGCAACAACAUGUACAUUGUGACUAACUUUCAGCCUCAACCCAAUGAUUUAGUCUUCAAAACUUAUGAUCAUCAGUUUAUAAUAAGAUUCACAUCUGGAACUUCUGUGUCUGAUAUAAACAAACAUGAUAUUCCUGCAAAGAAGCUAAACUUCAAACAUUUUGUGGAUAUUUUUCGGGAAAAUGGACAAAGAAUUUCUUAA